AUGGUGGAUUUAGCGAAAACACCGAAUUCUAUUGAAGCCUCUUCGAAGCAGUCGUUAGUUAUCAAUGCGAAACUUGACAAAUUGGUAACCUUGCCUGAUAAGGUUGGUGAACUUUCUACUAAAGUGAAAGGUUUAGAGGAAAAUUCGCAUUCCCGUGUUCGAGAGUCCGCAGAGCUCUUGGCUAAAAUCGAUGGUCUGACCUUGCUGCCAGCUAAAUUAGAAUCUUUGACAUCCAAGUUUGAUCAGCUCUCAAAAUCCACAACUGAGAUGUUCAGCAGCCUCGCGGCAAAAGAAGAGGAUCUCACCAAGAAAAAUGCACUCCUUAGUACUCGUAUCGACAACCUCGAGGAUACCAGUAAAUCACAGGCUGCUGAGAUCACCCGCCUUGUGACAUCAAAUACCGAACUAAAAUUAUGCAACAUAAAUCUGACGGACAGGCUGGCGUCUCUGGAGCGAAACUCUUUAAAUAGCGACUUAAUUAUCUCUGCAGUUCCCGCGCUAGAAGGCGAGGACCUCUUGGAUACAUUUGGCGCCCUGACAACCCAACUCUCUGCUGACGUGCCGCCUAUCGAUGUUCUGGAGAUUGGGCGCAUGAAAAGCACAUUGGAUUCCAACAAGCCCCGAUUGAUUCUCUGCAAACUCAGAUCCGUACAAUGUCGGAAUCGCCUACUUGCCGCCAAAAGAGCUAAAGGCCCCAUUUAUGCAAAUCAGCUUGGCUUGCCGCACGAUCAGCUCCGGACUCCUAUCUUCAUGAACGAGCAUCUGCCCCCUACUCUUUCCAAAUUUCUAGGAAAGGUGAGAGCCUAUGCCAAGGAGAGAGGCUACCGCUUCAUCUGGACUCGAAAUGAAUUGGUAUACGUCAAGCGGGAUACGUCCUCUGAUCACAUCCUAAUAAAAUCUGAGGUCGAUCUUCAAGUACUCUCGCAUCGCACCUGA